UACACACCCGCUCCCCCCCGUACAUGCAUCCAUUGCCAGCGCUGUCUUCGAGACUGCCUCCUGCUACACGUCGCCUCCACGCCUCGGUGCGACUCUUCGCCGCCAUGCCGCCCGCCCGCAAGCCCUCGCACCGCGCCCUGCUGCUGCUCCCCCCAGCGCCCGCACCCUCGACGUUUGCCUCACUCAAGGCCGCCUACAACGCCCCGCUGUUCACCGUCCUGCGCCAGCUCGCGAGAACCCCACACCGGCCGCAGGAACCCGCCCUGCUAGACAUCGCGCUGCCGUGUUCGCACCUGUAUGGCCGUCUCGAUGCGCCGAGGGGGCCGCUCUAUGCAACCACGCAGCAGCUGGUCGCCGACCUGUACAAGCUCAUCACUAUUAUCGCGACCAAAGACGCAAUCGACACCGAGGAUGCAGAAGGCGUCGAUGCGCGCAUUAUCCUCGUCGCAUAUCCCAGCGAUGGCAACUUGGUCUCGCCCGUCGCAGACUCGAUGAGCCCUGGCCAGGAUACCCAGGGCCCGGCUGUUGACGUGCAGACGCUCGCCCAAAGCUCCAGGUCGUGGGAUACCGUCUUCUCUGUCGAGAGCGACCAAGGAGAGAGCUUCCUCAAUAGCUUCCUCUCCCUGUCCAAGACGGAGAGGAACGUGUCCAAGGUGCGAGGUGGCAUAGUAGGAGUCGAGACGUCAGCGCAAUCCACACCACCCGUUGCACACCCAACUACACAAACAAAUCACCUCGCUGUGGCCGUGGGAGGCACCUUUGAUCACCUGCACAUUGGCCACAAAUUGCUACUCACCAUGUUCGCCUUCAUGCUUGGGAGGCGACAGUCGUCCGUGAGUGAGCAGGGCUCGAGUACGCUAACAGUAGGCAUCACAGGCGACGCUCUGCUCCAGAACAAAAAGUACGCAGAGCAUCUCGAAAGCUGGAAGUGCCGUCAGGAGUCUGUCCACCAUUUCCUCUCUUCCAUCGUGAACUUUGCACCCCUCGAUGAUGACCGUAUCCAGGUCGAGGAGGUCAACAACGCUGGGCCAAAUGGACACGCCGUCCACGUCAGCUAUCCCUCAGGCCUCACCAUCAAAUACGUCGAGAUUUGGGAUCCCUUUGGGCCCACCAUCACCGACAAGGACAUCACUGCCUUGGUGCUCUCUCUAGAAACGAGGAGCGGCGGUGCUGCAGUCAACGACAAGCGUAAAGAACAGGGAUGGCACCCUCUGGAGGUGUUCGAGGUGGCUGUCCUCGACGCCAGCGAAGACGACAACGUCGACGAGACGUUUCAGAGCAAGCUGAGCAGCACGGAGAUUCGCAAGAAGCGAAGUGAGCGUAUUCAGUCAAGGGCCAGGGCGUGACAACUGUCUGAUGCUGUUGUGACAGGGCAUGCCGUGUUUGCUCCCCAUAGAGAAAGGCGACAAGGUUGAGCUGUGUUUGCUCCCGUAGUCGAGAAUGCGACCAGGCGUGGGCUGAGUUUGUCUUGGUCAUGGAAUUCGAUAGAUCAGACGGAUGGGGCCGCAUGUGAGGCUGCAGCCAUCUGUACGACGGUCCACGCCGUCUGUACUCCUGAGCCACAUGAUGUAAUUGCGGCAAAGUAGACUGCGUGGACACGUACAUUUGGGUGAUAUCAGCACGCGGCGCCGCAUGUACACGGAGCUACCGGCAGUUGCAUGACGGAUGGACUAGGUCAGAGUAUCGCGGGGUGUCAAGCGUGCCCGCCCAUGCAACCCCCUUGAGACGGACUGUCAUCAAGGUGACAUGAGUAGCAGGGAUGAUGUGUAUUGAAGACCCAUAAUAGCCAGCAGUCAGUUUACCUCGA